CCCGAGCCAGACCCGAGCAAUCGCGCGUCGACUCCACGUGUCGCUCUCUCCACCACCACCACUACCACCACCAACACCACCACCACCUUCCCCCUUCCACGCGCCGCGAUUGUACGGCCUAUGGGGGACUAGGCGGGCGAAGUCGACCGCGAUGGACUACGAGGAGGAGCAGAGGAACGAGCUGGAAGCGCUCGAGUCAAUCUACCCGGACUGCUUCUCGGUGUUGACAGUCGCACCGCCAGCCUUCACGAUCACACUGACUUCUGACAUCGGAGACGACAGCAAUCAAGAUGUGCAGGUCACGCUCAAGUUCACAUACGUGGAGAAGUACCCCGAUGAACCUCCGCUCUUCGAGGUGGUCGGCCAGGAGAACCUGAUGGACGAAGAUGUCGCCGACAUCACACGGCUGCUGGAGGAGCAGGCCACGGAGAACCUGGGCAUGGCGAUGAUUUUCACCUUCGCAUCCGCCGUACAGGAGCGACUCAACGAGCUCGUUGAUCAGAUGAAAGUUGUCAAAGAAGAGGACCUGCAGCGGCAACAGCGGGAGGCCGAGGAGGCCGAAAAGGUAACCUUCCAUGGCACACCAGUCACGAUCGAAAACUUCCUUUCCUGGAAGGCGAAGUUUGACCAAGAGAGGUUGGAAAUGAGAAAGAAGAAACAACUGCGAGAGGAAGAGCAAAUUGGGAAAUCGAAGCUUUCAGGGAAGCAGCUGUUUGAGACGGACAGAAACCUGGACACGUCCGACAUGCAGUUUCUGGAGGAAGGAGACAACGUGGAGGUGGACGAGUCGCUCUUUCAAGACAUGGAGGACCUGGACAUUGACGAAGACGACGAUGAGGACGAUGACCCGACCUUUAACCCCGCCGAUCUGGACAGUGACGAGAACUGAGAGGCCCCACGCUCGAGUACACUACAAAC